AUAUCUGUCAUCCUUCUCCGGCAGACGUCGUCUUUGUUUUAGAUUCAUCUGUGAGCAUGACAAGACAGGAAUUUAAUAAACAGCUGGAAUUUGUUGCUAAUUUUAGCAGUAAAGUUCCUAUUGGACCACACGACUUCCAAAUUAGUGUAGUAACAUUUUCAACUAAUGCACAUGUAGAGUUUUAUCUUAACCAGUAUAAAGACAACGUGUCACUCCAUGACGCUAUAAUGAAAGUCAAGUAUAAACGUGGGACAACGCGUACCGACAAAGGUCUGAAAGCGGUUAGAACAGAAGUAUUCACGGCAGGUCAUGGCAUCGGAAUACGUAAAAAUGAUACAAAAGUUGCGAGAUUUGUUUAUGUCCUUACAGACGGCAUGUCUAUAAACAGGGCCGACACUAGAAACGAGGCUAGUGAAUUGAAGAAAUACGUCGAUACAAUUGCAGCCAUUGGAAUAGGAAAUGAAGUUUUACAUCAAGAACUUUUGGACAUUGCCUCCGAUCCAUCGUUUGUUUACUCUGUUAAAAAUUUCAACUCUUUGUACACCGUUCUCAGGCAGCUGGUUCAGUUGUGUGAUGAAUGUAAAACAAGCAUGGCGACAGACGUAGCUAUCUUUUUAGAUUCAUCUUAUUAUAUAACAGCAGAACAGUUCACUUUAAUGGUAGACGCUAUUAUGCAUAUAAUUGACACUAUGAACCAUUUAAACGUAAAUGAUACACAUGUUAGUGUGACCACAUUUUCUGAUGACAUCAAAAAUAUAAUGAAUAUGGGAGAGACGUUCAACAAAAAUGUCAUUAAAAGUAAGGUUAACAUGGUCUCAAAGUCGCCUGAUGAACAUCAAGCACAAUUACAUCUUGAGACCGUUUUUGCAUAUGUCAGGGAUAAAAUUUUCAACAAAACAUUUUCAAUGAGGAUUGCAAAGAAACUCCUCCUAAUUUUCACUAAUGGUAAAGCUCAUGUGAACAGCGAAAGCACUUUUGAAAGUGAGAAAUCUAAGCUAGAAGCCGACGGAGUAAAUAUUGUGGCCGUUGGCAGUGGAGAAGACGUUGACAUGAACGGGUUAAUCAAGCUUGUUACAGAUAGGUUUAAUGUUUUUGUUACUAGUCAUGACUUGCCAAUGAACAAUCUAGACGUUUUGCAAUCUGAAUUUGUUUACAGCAAAUGUAAUCUUACAGGGGUAUGAAACUCAACGUCGUACUUUACGAUGUGCAACGUGUGUCUUAUUGGUAUCAGUAAAUAUUUUAUCUAAAUUAAUGAUUAUUUGAUCAUGAAAGUGUUUACUUCAAAGCUCAUUAUUUUGCUUGUUUGAAAUGAAACGAAACUUCUACAAAUCCAGUUUUCCUUAGAGCUGAUAUUGACUAACUUGAUCAAUUUGUAAUCUAAAUUGUAUUCAAUAUUUGUAACAUCAAUCAGAUAUAAAACAAAGACGAGACCUUUUAAAAUGUAAAAUUUCGUCGACCGUUUUAAACAGCCAAAUGUAAUAUUUAUGUUUCACUCCCAGUCAAUAACUUAAAAUGAAAAUGAACAUUUGAACUGAUAAGAUAAUUCAAAGCUGAUAUGUUUAUAUUUUUAUUUUAUCCCGUUUGAUAUGUUUUUUUUCUUUCAAUCUUUAUGUUAAACUUGCUUUAUAUAUCCUAUUUAUUAUUUAAGAUAGCUUUCCUAGAGAUGAAAGAAUGUUACGUAAAAUGUUUAAACUGCUGAAAAUACUUCCUUUUACAGAAAUUGUUGUAGAUUACCUGAUUUAUGUAAAACUAGGAGAUAACUGAUAACAAGUUUUGUUUGCUCAUGAUUUUUUUAUCGAAAUAUAAUCCAAACCCGUCGGCAAAUAGAUAGUCAAAUCUCGUGUAAUUUAUCAUCAGAUUGUGAUUAUUUCAAUAUCUUAGAGAUAAUAAUCGAUCUGGAUUUUUUGUGUGUAAAAUUCCGUCCUAUAGUAUUAAAUGACACUAAAAACAAGUUAUGUCUUGAUUUAUUAAAUCUCUAAUUUUCAUAUCCAUGUAUAUUGGUAGACAGAGUAUUUUGAAUAUACAAUUGUAAAUGACAAUAAGGUUCUACAGCUGCCCAUAUAGUAAUAUUUCUUUUAUAAUUUACCUUGAAUAUUUUUUAUACAAAUUGUCUUGAAUUUCCUCAUGUUUUGUUAUUGAUAAACGAGAGCUGACCUUUAAAAACGUAGACUUUUGCUGUUGCUUAAAGAGAGGUGGUUAAUAUAUAAUCAAUCAUACAGUUAUCAAUCUAAAUAUUUAUUUCAAAUUAUUUAUUUAUUAUAUAUUUUACCUAAUAUUGUAAGCGGACCGUGCGGUUCUUUGUCCGUGUUAACGCAGAUGUGACACACGCUGAUUUUGCGACAUGUGUUAGUUCUAUAAUGUUUUAAUAAAACAGAGAUAAAAGUGUUAAAACCGUGUACCAAAGACUCGAUAAAGUUUAAUAAGCGAAUGACGAUUUUAAAAUUUUUUAAGUCAUUUGAAAAUCUAUUUUGUUUUCAAAUCAACAACACGACAAGAGUCUUUGAUGGCGUCACCGACACGCGCCGGGUAGACUAUAGUGAUCUUUUUGUUUGUGAUUUUUCAAAGAAUGAAUAUGUUUUACUAAUAUUUUGUAACAAUAUUCUUCAACUUUAUGUUGUUUGUACAGAAUCCAUCGGCAGUUUAGUACUGAACGGUGUUUAUUGGCAGUUUAACACUGGUUAUAUUCUUCUUUGUGUAUAGUAAAACAAUCACAAGUCAUGUUAGUAUAAAAUUUGUGUCUUUGUUUUUCUUAUUUCAAUUUUAAAUUUUGCGUUCAAUAUUAUAAGUUAGUGUCAAAAAUUAAGCUGUAAAUAGAUAACUGUAGUUCUUUUCAGUUGUAACUUUACAAUUUAAAUCAAUGUGACAAUUCCCAGUGCAAGAAUUUUGCUACUGGUAUAGAUGUGCAGAAUAUUUUUCUGUUUGUUUUUUGAUCUUCCAGAAUAUAAGUUGUAUCGUGAGACAAAAAUUGAUUUGAAUACCAAUUAUAAAAUUCAAAGAUUAUGAUAAAUAAAGUUAAAUCAUGUCUUAGGCAUAAUGAGUCUUUGUAUGCUUCGAUGUGAUUGGUCCUAGCUGUUAUUUUAAAUACGAUCGACUACUGCUUGAGACGUUAAAAGUGCGUAACAGAUAUUCCAAAUUUCACUAUCCCUCAUGAAUAAAUACUCAAUAAAUGAACAUGUGUUAUGUUGCAUUUGUAAACGUCAACACUACCAUAUUAAGCCGCAUCUACUGUUAACUUAAGAUAAUUCAUUGCUAAAAACACUGAUACUGACAUGGUUCAUUAAAAUAUAGCAUGAUGAAAUGCAAUUUCGUAGAUAACUUUAGUACUUAUUUAUUGAAUUUACAACAUAAUUAAUCAGGUCAAUCUAUCCCUUUACAAGGCAGCACUUCGUCUUAUUCGUUCUGCACCAAAGUCGAUUUAAUGAUCAAUUUUGUAUUCGAAACACCUGAGUGACAAAUAUAUCUGCAAAUAAUUUCCUUACAGAAACAACAUCAGACACAAACAAUAACACUACGUUAUUUAAAUAUUAAAUGAUAACAUGCUUGUUAAAGUCCUUGUAUAAUUAUCAACCCACUUUUUUACAACUUUAUCACAAUUCUUAGGAAAAGUUUAAGACACUCAAUUUAGACUACAUGAACAAAACAGCCUUUAUCAACAGAAGAUUUUACCAAAUAUUAAUGAAAUAUAAAUAAUCAAAAUAAUAUUUUAUUUUAAAUGUAAAUAAUCAGAAUAAUUUUCGGAGCAAAGCAAUUGCUAGUCCAAAACAAACAAAGAUAAAGAACAAAGAUGUACAUGAUAACCUUUUGUGCAAUUUACUGGCAUCAUCAGAGCAUAUAGCCUUUAACACAGUCAAUAUAUUCUUUUUUAUCGCAAGAUUGAACAUGAUUCCAGCUGUUCCUAAUAUGCCUGCAACAAAGUCAUCUUUUUCAUCGCUGAUAAAUGCUUAAACAUGAACAUGGUGAAUUUGGUCAUCAUCUAGACAACAAUAUGAAAACAGUACUAGGAGAAGCAAAUCCAGGGCUUGGAAGAAGGUCGUUAUCGUGUUGCAGACCAAGGAUAAAGUGGAAAAUGCAUUAUCAUGCAACGAUAAUGCACCAAAUAUAUACUCUAACAAUCCAAAACCCACUUUACAUAUCACAGAUGCCAAGAAAAUUUUGUGAUACUCAUUUAGUGCAAAAUCACAAGAUUUUUUUCCGGUUGAUUCUAUUUGUUCAUCAUUUUCACGGAGUUCGUGGAAGUUUUUCAAGUCAAAUACAACACUUGUGGUGAAAAGAGUAACACCUGCUACCCAUAGUUACACAGAGCAACACACAUCAGCCAUUUUAU